CUUGGAAACACUUUGAGCCACCAUGGGGGGAGGGGGGAGGGGAGGGGGAACUGCAAUGGUCCUCAUGAGAUCAGAGACGACCCUGUCUCGUUUCCCAUUUUCCCCUCCUUUGGGAUCUGCCCCGGCCUGGUGUUCCAUCUCCAGUUGUUCCUUUUCUUCUUUCUUCUCCUCUUCGUAGGAACCCUGCCCUAAACUUGGCCAUGAACUUCAAACAACAACAAACAAUCUCAUCCCACGCGGCCACCCUCUCGCCCGCUACUAAUUUCUUUUCUCUCCAGCUGGUCUGAAUACUCGAGUCCUUUGCGGUCACCGACACUGGCUUCAACAUUGCCAUUCCUCCCCAGGCUUGAAGGAGUGCGCGCACGGCUUAGACCCCCCUUUUCUCCGGGCGACGGAGGCUCAUCAUUCAUUACUCACUGGCCUGAGCUUUUUCGCUCAUUGUUCAAAUUUUUUUCUUUCUCUUUCCUUUUCCGACACUCAGCUCGCACGCGCGUGCGCGCCCGGCUCCCAGCGUGUCCUACAUUCAUAUUGUCAACAUCUUGUCGUCUGUUUCCCUCGUACUGGCCACCGUGAGCCUUCAACCAUAACGAUAACCACCCUCUCUCUCCUCUCUCUCUCUCUCUCUCUCUCUCUCUGCGCUUUCGAUUGUACAGUACUUUUGGUCGCUGGUGUCAGAUGGAUCAUCAGCCGCGGGACUCGUCACGGGACAGCCUGGCUUUGGCCAGGCAACAUGUUCGCGCUCUCACUGAUGGCGGUGUGUCACGAGAGGCGUUGCUUCGCGCCUUGUUAGAGCAGGAGGAGGCCAGCAACAGUCUGCCUCCCCUCUCUUCUCAACAGGCGCCUUCACAAGCGCCGCCCCAAUCACAGCUGAACAACCGGAUACCUCUCUCGCGGUCUAUCCUUUCGGGCUCACGAGGUAGCUAUCUGUCGACGAAUACAGCUGCCACCUCGCUAUCGUCACGAUCAAGCACUAUCACUCAGUUUCCCGGUCCCGAGCUGCAGACCAGUAGACCGACCUCGGGCAGCACAAGAGCUUACUGGUGCACAUCGUGUGAUACCGAAUUCAAGCGGAAAUUUGAUUGGAAGAGGCACGAGGACGAGUUUCAUGAGCGAUACAAGAAAUACCCGUGCCCAGACUGCAACCGCGUCUUCUGGGGAGCGAAUACCUUCAACCAGCAUCACAAAACACGACACAACUGCAAGACAUGCCCUCAUGCAGAUAAGGUCAUCAAGUAUACGAGAAAGAAGCGCGCAUGGGCCUGUGGAUUCUGCGCCGCUUUCCUCCCCUCCAUGGAUCGCUACAUUGACCACAUUGGCCUUCACUAUGAAUCCGGGAGGACGAGGGCUCACUGGUACCACUCCAAUGUCAUCUACGGACUGCUGCACCAACCUGGCGUGAACUCAGCAUGGAGAGAUAUUAUCGGCUCGAGGUUCAGCCACAUCCCCAAGGACCAACAACCUCGAUAUGGAUGGGAUCCGAAGACGACUGGGCGGAAGCAAGGCUUCUUGGAGAAUGAGACAGCUGGCAAUCUGCAGGAUCUACUCGAGUUCUUCAACCCUACCAAGGACGACCCGAUCAAGGUAGCACGCCUGGCGAAGAAGCCCCACGGGGGCAUCCACAGAGACCUGACGCCUCAGGAACUUGCGCUACCCCCACCUACCAUCAAGGAGCGACCCAUAACACAGUGGCCCGCCCUUCGACCUGCCGACAUACCAGAACUUCCCACCAGCUCAGACGCCAUGCCUCGACAUGACGAACCUGAUGUUACAAUGGCUGACUUUGACGCUUCCGCUGUCCCGCAACCCCUGUUCGCCAGCACCUUGUCACCACCGCCUCAACCGCAGUACCACGCACAAUCUACGCCUGGUAUUGCCAUCUCCCGAUCUUCCGAUCAGCCUACAUUCUUGGCACCACCAACCCCGCUGCCCCAGACUCCAAUCACGCCUUUUCCCGGUGGUGCCAUGCCCCGCGAUACCGUCGUCGAUCUGCUCUCGAAUUACAUGUCUCAAGACCAGCUCCAGGGCGUGGGGAGGAACUCGGCCGCGCAGCAGCAGCAGCAGCAGCAACAACAACAACAACAACAACAACAACAGCAUAUGCCGCAAGGUCUCAACCAGCACCCGCCGCCCUUUGGCUCUGUUGAUACAUUGCGGAUACCCCAAACUUUCUGUCAUCGUACCUGGUCAAGUCUUGCCCGUGUUGCUGUUACAGAAGUGGUUGUAUAUUAG